AUGCCACGCACAGAGAAGAUAGCAAGAAAUCUCAAACGUUUGGCUGAUGAGGCUAAAGAUAAGCAAGCGCUACUUGAAAAUCACCCUGAAUAUUUUAGAUUGGACCAUCCAGACCAAGCUCAAAUCCACCAAGACUGCCAAUCUCUCCACAAGAAACUAUCUCUUUUCCAAGAGCAAGAUUUAAAAAACGCUCUUGAGCUGCUCUUAACUUUCUACUGCAAAAGUGGCUCAAUUCCUUACAUUUCUGGCCUCCACGAGAUCCUUGCACCCUUUUUUGUGCUCCGAUUCACGACGUUAAAAACUGUAUACGGUGCAUUUUCAGCUUUCAUUGACAAAAUGAUGCCAAGACUAUUUACCAAAGAUUCAUCUAUUAGUUACUCAUAUAAAAUUUUUCAACGAUUAUUACUUUAUCAUGACCCUUUGCUUUCUAACACCUUACAGUCCACCUUGCCUAAUAAUUCGUCAAUUAUCGAGAAAUGGUUUUAUACGUGUAUGUCAGCAUGCUUACUCCCCCCCUCCGUGAGUGAACAAAAAUCAUUAGAAAAAUCGCUAUUUUUUGCCCAAAAAACCCACCCUCUGUGAGUGAACAAAAAUGUUUUUAAGUGAAAAAAUUUUUAUGAAAACAAAAAUUUAUAUAUAAGUGAUAAUUAGUAUAUAAUGAAAUCUCGAGCUAAUUCUGUUUAAUUUUAAACAAAUUGCGUUUUAAGACAUAAAUUUUAUAAAUUAAAUUAAUAUUUGCUUCCCCAAUUUUUGCAAAUUAGGAUUUUUUUAAAAAAAUUUUUUUCCUAUAAAUUUUUUAAAAAAAAAAAUUAACCCCCUCCUGUGAGUGAACAAAAUUUUUUUGUUCACUCACGGCGGGAGGGGGGAGUUAGAUAUUACUCAGCUGCUUGAGUUCUGGGAAUGGUGUUUGAAUGAGAAUAACCCAAUGUUUCCGUAUUAUUUUGCUAUUGCUUUACUGAUGAAAAAUAGAGAUUUAUUAACGAAAAAACAUAAAAAGAAGAUCAACUUAGAAAUUCAUAUAGCAGAUAAUGAUGAAUUAACGGCGAUUAUUGAUGAUGCUCAAGCGCUGCAAUCCUCAACCCCAAAGUUUUUUAAUAGGCUUAUUAAGAAACUUACUAUCCAAAAAGAACUGCCAAGCUCUUUAGAUGCGUAUUCUCUAGAGAAUACCCAAAUUUUGCCAAUUUCCGCAAAAGAGGUAAGGAAGCCUAAGCCAGGAUUUUUCGUUAUAGAUGUUCGAAGGCAUAAAUAUUAUGAACAAGGCCAUUUCCCACAAAGCUAUAACCUCUCAGUAGAUCUCCAUAUAUCAACUGGUAAGAUUUCUAAUUAGCACAGAGGAACUAUGAAGUGUUCUUUCUGGAUUUUCCGCUUAUUACCACAACAAAAACAGCACUGCUUGCCAUUUUGCAUUUACAUCAGGUCCAUCCCAAAAAGAGUUUUUAUAUGCGAGUACUCUAA